UCCGACGGAAAGUGACACUUUCGUGUUGCCUUGCCGAUGCGCAGUACCGGAUUACGAUUCGAGUCCGACUAGCCAUCAUAGUACGGCGUUUCGUUCGCGGACACUACAUCGAAUUUCUUCCCGAAAUUGUGCAACUAAAAGACGAUUUUCCAAGAGUGCUAUCAUCUCCGGGGUACGAUCACGGCAUCGGAGCAAGGACCUGGAACUUGGAGAGACCGCGCGGCACCUUCGUGUGGCCAGACUCUGUCCUUUUUCGUGACCGUAAGUCAAACGGGACACUUGCAGUGGUUUUCGCGUUCGCCUAGCGCCGUUCCGAACGUUCAUCUUGACGGGUGCUGAGUGAAAAAGUGCUCGGGAAGGAUAUUGGGUAUUUUGGAGGAUUGCGCUGGGUUUUGUGUGUUAAGUAAGCGCAGGAAAAUCCGCGGAAGCAGCUGAACGUCGGGCGCUGAUUAGCGAAGAAACGAUCGACAUAUUGGCGGUAAAAGAGUUCUCGUUCGGUCCGCACAAGGCAACGGAAGUUUUCGUCCGUGCAUCCCUUUCGGGUUUCGCAUUCCAUCCUUGGCGGUAGUGCGUCUGAGAAGUGCGAGUAGAUGCCAGCGCGCUCGGACCAAUAUGUAGGAAAGUGACGUUGAUAGUGUUGUGCAAUCACGCCGUCUCUGUCGCUCGCAUACGGCCGUCGUAGUGAGAUUCCAAGUCGCGAAAAUCCCAGUGGAUCCGCACAUAACCUCGAAUUUAUUCUUAGGUUUCGUAGGCGACGGACUACGUACGUUUCUCGCUGAUUUUUUGCACAAGUUUCGGGUCCGUAAUUGGAGAAAGUGCAACGUGCGAGGACGGUUCCGUGUGUUACUGACGAACGCGUGAAUUGAGGGAACGCACUAUCUUGGACGUGAGUUUCCGCGAGACUCGUCGAACUCGGCAGUGAAGUGCAGUGAAAAGGAGGAAGGCGACGUUGGGACAACGGUGCAGUGACAGUGCAGGCGGACCAGAGUGGGACUCGCGAAAGGUCCAAGGAGUACGUGUUCGUGACCUCGGCUUGCACCAUACAUGAAUGGAUCCAGUUGUGGGUUGGUACCAAGAGGAACAGGAGGGACCCGCACUGCGUACAUGGCACGCCAUUUGGGAGACGCACUCAACUGAAAUUCAGAAGCAAUUGGAGCUCCAGCAGCAGCAGCAACAGAACAACAACUCGUCCUCCGCGUCGACAAACUCCUCGUCCGGGAAGGGCAACAACCAGUCGACAACGGGACUGAACAACAACGGCAUCCACGGCCAGGGCGGCGCGAACCGCGACUCCUCGACAACGGCUCUGCUGCUGCAACAGUUCAGCGGCGACUCGACAGCCCCCACGGCAGCAGAGCGCGAGAAGAUCGUAGCCCACGAAAGGAACUACUACAACCCGUCGCGAAGGAAAGCGGGCAGUGCGGCGUUCGACAACAAGGCCAGCACCUACAACAUGAACAAGUAUCGGCAGAAGUACAUCGGCAAGUACGGCGGUACGCCGUGGCGGCCACCUGGCUACCAGUAUGGGCGCGGUAUUAUCGGAUUACACACAGAAAUCGAACAGUUCUAUCAAUAUAGCCUUCCAACACCAGCCGAACAUGCCCUACGCAACGAAGUCGUACUACGAAUUGAAGAUGUUGUUCACAAGCUAUGGCCAAAUGCCCGUGUCGAAAUAUUCGGUUCAUUUCGCACAGGUUUAUUCUUACCAACGUCUGAUAUUGAUUUGGUUGUAAUCGGAUUAUGGGAGAAACUUCCACUUCGUACACUUGAGACUGAAUUAAUUGAGCGAGGAAUCGCAAAUACGGUGCGAGUCCUUGACAAAGCAUCCGUUCCAAUUAUCAAAUUAACAGAUCGUGCCACACAAGUUAAAGUCGAUAUAUCAUUUAAUAUGCAAUCGGGAGUACGAUCGGCUGAAUUAAUAAAGGAGUAUAAGCGAAUGUACCCGGUACUAUCGAAAUUGGUCCUAGUCCUAAAGCAAUUUUUAUUACAACGUGAUCUCAAUGAAGUUUUUACAGGCGGCAUUUCUUCGUAUUCGUUAAUAUUAAUGUGUAUAAGUUUCCUGCAAUUGCAUCCACGUCAAAUAGACCAUGAAACGGCAAAUCUAGGUGUCUUACUGCUGGAAUUCUUUGAACUCUACGGCAGAAAAUUUAAUUAUAUGAAGACUGGAAUAAGUGUAAAAAAUGGCGGCCGGUAUAUACCCAAAGAGGAACUUCAGCGUGAGAUGAUCGACGGCCAUAGACCGUCACUGCUCUGCAUUGAAGAUCCUCUAACUCCCGGCAACGAUAUUGGCAGAUCAUCGUAUGGUGCCCUUCAGGUCAAGCAUGCAUUUGAAUACGCCUACGUUACAUUAUCACAGGCCGUUUCGCCGCAAAACACGACAGCCAACGAUUGUUCAAAGAAUUCAAUAUUGGGUCGAAUAAUACUGGUGACGGACGAGGUGAUUGACUAUCGACGGUGGAUCAAAGCCAACUACGAGCUGUGUCAUCCUUUAGCGCCGGUUUCGUCGAGUCUGCACGGGCAUUCGGUGACGAACGAUAACUAUCGACGACGUGGCAGUGUGUCGAGUACGGGAGAGGAGAGUACAGACAGUGAACCAGAUCAGCAUGCGAAUUCACGGGACAUAUCGCCAACUGGCGUGCCAUUGACAGCAGGUACGGAUAUAAGAAUGCAUCCGUUUCCUUAUGCGGGUGGUUUACAGCAAACUAUGCACUCUGAUGAAUUGCAAUCGAUUGGCGAAGAAAAUCAACACUUUGUACAAGCGCAGACUGGUAUGAUCGACUUAACCCGCAACACAAACUCACCCUGUGAUCCAUACAUAAAGCCACGAACGAACGUCGUCGCCUACACGAGAAACUCCCCACCUUCCGUGACGCAAAUGCAAACUGUUGUAACACUUUCACCCACGUCACAAAUUACAGUAGCGGCGACGGCGCAUCAACGUUCGGCGGCUUCCCAAACCACAGCUCCAUCAACCUUGGCGUUGGCUGUCCUGGCAGGCGGUGGUACAAAUAAUAGUAACGUUGUAAAUAUGAAUGCCGGCCGGCAACAGUCGCAGAAAGGUAACAAUAGGCGCAAUAGCAACGGUACAACAACAAUAAUGACUACCUCGUACGGAAGUAGUAGCAGUAGUGGCGGAAACGAUAAUAGUAACAAUAAAUACUAUCAAGCUGGACCAAAAAAAUCGUCGACGAAACGAAAGAAGCCGAUUGCCAUGCAAGCCGAUAAGAAGAUUAACAACAACAGCAAUACCUGUAGUAGUAGCAGCAGCAGUAGCCAUAGUCGAUGAUGAUGUGAUUUUAAAAAUCUCCUCUUAAGUUAUUUAAGUAAGAAUUCGUCAAUGUAAACUGAAACCUCGACCAACUGUAAAGCGGAACGUUGUGUUUGUUUUUGAAUUUUAGUUCCGGUACGCACUCUUUUUAGUGUCUCUAAUUUUACACUUGGUCCGAGCUUUGUCUAGCGUAAGGAAACGUAUUAUAGAUCGACGUACUUUUAAAGCCUACACACUUUUCUGUGGGAAACAGAGAAGACGAGUUUCGUGAGAAGACGCUGCUGUGUUUAUACUCGCAUUGUUAAGUGCAUGAACGCCCCGGGGGAGGGGCGAGUGACGGAGGGCGUGGAAAUCUUCUGACAACACUCAAGCCUUGUGAAUGUAACCAUAGCGUAAUUGAAUUCUAAAGCGGAUGGGUUCGUUACGAUUUGUUUUUAAUUCAUAACAAUACACAAUUCGUUUUUGUAUAAACGUAAGAGUUCUAUAAGUAAAUAGCGAUAGAAAUUUAAUAAAAUCCGUAUCUUGUAAACGGCAUAUUUCAUUGUCAUGUUCUCUCUUAAAACAAGAAAAAAAUGGAAAUGUUAAUACACUUAACUAGUAAACAACACGUUAUGCAUUAAGCGCGUAUAAAUGAUUAAUUUUAAGGUAGCCCUGAAGGAGUAAACCAGUCGAUAAUGUUAUUAUUUUCCAUAUUUAUGUUCCGUUGCUUUUAUUAAUAUAUUAUAUAUAAAUAUAUCUAUUUUACCAUUUGCUACUUUAAAACUACGAGAAAUACGUUUAGAGAAGGAAAUAACAGAACUAUCAAGAAAUAUUCCAAGAAAUGUAAAUUUGAUUUUGCGGUGCCGUAGCGCAGCCAAUACACACGAAAACGGACGGGAUCGCGAUGGCAACUAGCUAGAGAGCAUUACAUUUCAGUAAAAUUCGGUUUCGCUAUCCACACGGUUAGGGAAUUGUUCAUCACAGUAAUAUGGAAAGUAACCUAAAAAACCAGAAAUAUUGUAAGAACACCUCUCAUCAAAUAUAAACCCAAAAUGACUACAAGAAUAAGGACCUUCGAGUUCGACUUAAUCUAAUGUUAACAGGCUUAUUGUACACGCACACACUCUUGAGUGCGCCUGACUAAUUGUCCGCGCUCAACUGAUGAAAAACAGAAAAAAAAUUGAAAAGGAUAGACGAGAUCAGGUCAUAGUUCUUAAAUAAAAUAUUCAAACAUUGUAUGCAUUUCCUAAUAAUCGAAUUCCUUUAUUCAGUAAGUCCUGCUCAAGGAGAACAAUGUAUCAUAGUAUUUUCGUGUCCCACAGUAGAUUAACAACAUCAUCAUCGCGGAAAUUUACACGAAGGGAAAAAGAAUGAAAUAAUAAUGCAAGAAAAAAAAACCUGUAUAGAAAAAAAAAUGUAAUAUUUUUGCUUCUCCAUAUUUUUUUGUAAAAGUAUUUGAAGAAUGAAAUAGAAAACAAAUAUAAAAAAAUGCAGUUGCGAGAUAAUUGUGCUGUGUACGAAUGGAUCAGAUGAUAUAGAGGCAAAGCAUGAAAAAAAAGAAGAAAAAAAGCAAAAUCAGAUCAAUAUACAUAGUAAUGGAAUGUGAAAAAUGCAAAUAAAAAAAUUAUAAUAAUAAUUAUAUUUUAUCGCUUAAGUUUAAGCGAUUAAAAAGGAA